AUGAACUAUCAAAAAGUAUACGGUAUCACUGGUCCCGUCUCGAUUGCACAAUCCACAGCAGCAGAAAACAAAUUAAAUGAUGAAUUAGUACAAGAAUUGAAAAAAGAGAACUCUUUCGAAACAGAACAAGAAACAGCCAAUAGAGUGAAAGUUCUUGAAAUUCUACAAAAAUUAACUGAAAAUUUCGUAUUUAAAGUCUCGAAAAAUAAAAAUAUGUCAGAUGGGAUGGCGAAGGAUUCGGGUGGGAAAGUUUUCACUUUUGGUUCUUAUAGACUGGGUGUUCAUGGUCCUGGGAGUGAUAUUGAUACUUUAAUUGUGGUCCCUAAACAUGUCACCAGAGAAGAUUUUUUUACCGUGUUUGAUUCGUUGUUGAGAGAAAGACCUGAAUUGGAAGAGAUUGCUCCUGUCCCGGAUGCAUUCGUUCCCGUCAUUAAGGUCAAAUUUAGUGGAAUUUCCAUUGAUUUACUUUGUGCCAGAUUAGAUAUUGCUCAAGUUCCCUUGAAUUUAACACUUAGCGAUAAGAAUCUUUUGAGGAAUUUAGACGAGAAGGAAUUGAGAGCAUUGAAUGGUACAAGAGUGACAGAUGAAAUCCUGGAAUUGGUCCCGAAACCAAACGUAUUUAGAAUAACAUUAAGAGCCAUUAAAUUAUGGGCACAACGAAGAGCCAUUUAUGCUAAUGUGUUUGGAUUCCCCGGUGGUGUGGCUUGGGCAAUGCUUGUGGCAAGAAUUUGUCAAUUAUAUCCCAAUGCAUGUAGUGCGGUAGUAUUAAAUCGAUUUUUCAAGAUUUUCUCUGAAUGGAAAUGGCCACAACCAGUUGUGUUGAAACCUAUUGAAGAUGGUCCUUUACAAGUACGUGUUUGGAACCCAAAGAUAUAUGCUCAAGAUAGAUCUCAUAGAAUGCCCGUUAUUACACCGGCAUAUCCAUCCAUGUGUGCUACUCAUAACAUUACAGAAUCCACCAAAACAAUUAUAUUGAAGGAAUUCGCCAGAGGUGUUCAAGUGACAAAUGAUAUCUUUUCGAAUAAGGGUAAUUGGGGGGAUUUAUUCAAGAAACAUACAUUUUUCUACGAGUAUAAAUUUUAUCUGACUAUUACAGCUUCUACAAGGGGUACCGAUGAAGAACAUUUGAAGUGGAGUGGGCUAGUAGAAAGUAAACUAAGAUUGUUGAUAUUAAAACUGGAAGCGUUGCCGGGGAUCAAUUUGGCACAUCCAUAUACAAAACCUUUUGAAUCUACAUAUUGCUAUACCACUGACGAAGAAAGUAAAACUAUAUUAAAUGAUUAUGGUUCACAUGCGACCGAAGGAACAUUAAAUAACUUCCUAAAGGUGACAGAUGAUAAUAAGAACAAUGAUGACGUCAAAGAUAAAAAGAAAGUUCGUAUUACGACAAUGUACAUUGGACUAAAUGUGAAUGUUGCAAAUAAAAAGGAAAAAAUUGACAUUCAUGUCCCAUGUACAGAGUUUUUCAAUUUGUGUCGUAAUUUUAAUGAAGAGUAUCAAAAAUCUGAUUUAUAUGCUUUAUCAAUAAGGUACGUCAGAUUAUAUGAUCUUCCUGAUGCAGUGUAUGACGAAGGCGAAUCUAGGCCCAUCAAGAAGAGUUCCAAAACGAAAAGAAAGAAAAGAGAUGGGGAAGAUGAAUUGACGAAAAGGGUACGAUCAGAGAAGUCAUCUUACGAUAACAAUGCAAGUAUCUUGGCUUCCAAAGUUUCAUCAUCUUCAUCUGAUAAUAAGUUGCCCGUAGCGUCAACGACGGCAUAA